AUGAGUUCAAAUUUUAAUAACAGCAACAAUCUAUAUAUUCCGAAUUUAGAUUCUGACGAUUUUCUGUCUCAAACUGAAAAUGAUCUUGAAGAACUGUCGAUAUGGGAGAAGGCCGAAUUUAACAAUAGUCCAAUGGAUUAUUUAAAAGUUUCUCCAAAUUUUGAAGAUCAAGAUGUUUCAGCCAUGUUUUCAUCAUCUAAAUCGAUUAACCCUGACAAUGCAGCAAAAUUAGCAGCCGAAGAAGACAAAAGAAGAAGAAACACAGCCGCAUCUGCCAGAUUCCGUGUUAAAAAGAAAUUACGUGAACAGGUACUUGAAAGAAGCGCAAAAGAAAUGGCCUUAAAGGUGGAAUUGUACGAAGGAAAAAUCAAGGAACUUGAAUUGGAAAAUAAAUGGUUAAGAAGUUUAAUCGUUGAAAAAGAUGCUAGGUUGUUGGAUGUUGGACCUGCUGAUAAAAAACAAAAGUUGGACGACAAUAUGUCUGAUAAGCGUCAUUAUACAUUCCUUCUUGUAAGUGAUAUUCAUUAUCACUUGGAAGACAUCAAAAAGCUAAAGCAAUGGUUGUUAAAACGAGAUCGUUUAAAAGAAAUUGAUUAUGUUAUUGCAUCUGGGGAUCUUGUAAAUUGUGACUAUCUAACACCUUUGACCACUGAAAAGGAUCAAGAUAAUGGUGGUAAUAAUGAUGAUAAGAAAUGUAAGAAUAUGCAUAAUCAAACAAUGCAAUUGGAACCGGGGUUAAGUAUAGUUGGGUUUGGUGGCUCCACAAAUGGUGUUUUGAAGAAUUCGCCUGACACCGUUGUCUGGCCUGCUUAUCCAAGGAAUUCGGAAUCACUUUUUACAAAAAAUUUACCAAAUCUAUUGAAUAAAGUAAAAGAUGAUGAUAUUAUUCUUGUAACACAUGUGGGUCCUGCAGAUGUUGGAACUACAAAUGUUGAUAAAUUUCCAUUGCAAUCUUCUUUGGCAAUAAGUUCAGGAAGUUUGGCACUACACGAUUUCAUAAUGUCAUCUUCACCAAGUUCUGAAACAAAUUCAUCAUCAUUAAAACAUGAUAUUAGAAUUAUUAAUAAUAUCCAUGGUCAUUCACAUUGGUCAUUCGGUCUUUCACAUAUUGGUCAGACUGCAAUUAUAAAUCCAGGUGCUUUUGAGGAUGGAAGAUUUGCUAUUUUGUCUAUGGUAAAGUUAAGAAAAGAUGAAUUGAUAGCUCGUGAUAUCGAAAGGAAGGUUUAUUAUGAGAGUUCAGCGAAAAAUCAGUUUUGGGUUAUUGCUGGUUUAGAAAUGCUUGUACUUUUAUGA